AUGGCUCUCAAGGAUGCAGCCUCAACCAUAAGCUCAUCCCACAAAUCAUACGCGCUUCCUGAUUGGUUCCUGGAACAAAAUGUCAAAACCAGUCGGGACCUCGCUACGAUCCCCGACCAAGUGGUCUUCUGCAACUGCAAGGAUUGCGAAGGGACGAAGCUCGCUGACGAUGAAUUUGAAGGUGCUGAGCAGCCAGGUGAUAAAACAAACGGGGCAAACAAGAAGAGUGAGCCAGGACAGCCAAUGGACGAAAUGCAUUACAAGACCUGUUCAGAGCUUCGUGAUGUCAUUUGCGCAUCGUUCAUGCCUUUCUGCAACACAAGGCUCAAGCAGGACUCAACCAUAGUCUUCUGUAUGCAAGAGGAAAGCACUGGCUUGCUGGAGCCGGCCUGGAUGAGUCGGGUAGUUGAAAACGCGGUUAAAGCAACGAGGGGCAUCUCCAUGAUCUUCUUCGAUCUCGAAACACUGGAGGAGCUCGGCUGCUGGGAGCCGAACAGGGAAUCGUUUACAACGUUUCUGGAGCACUUCUUCGCCAUCCGCUCCAAGGCCAAAGCUGGCGAAAAGGCGUGGCAGCGCAACCAGGAGGUGUUGUCCGCACACCUUGAUCCGGUCAAAGUGAAACAAACAGCCGAGUGCCCCAAGAUGAAGGAAGGAGAUGACUCCGGUGCCUUGAUAAUCCACAUUAUGGACUGCAAUUUGGUGAACCAAACACUUGCAUCUAAGGUGAAGCAAGCAGUUCUGAUGCGCAUCUCUGAAAUGGUGCGGGCAAGACGCGAGCAGGGUGAAGCUGUGGCGAUCCUCUUGUCCACCAAUUAUCCCUGGUACCGACACAGCGAGGAAGAGUUCAAAAAAAUUGGAGCUACAAGAGACUCGACUGUGGCUGCGUCCAGAGACAAGAUUCUCGAUUGGGAACAGCGGAAUGAGGUGCGUACAGGCAUCGUCAACACCCAACGUCUGCGCCGGGUCAUGAGACACCACCUCCCCUCAAACCUGUUUUGUUCUGAGCUUCUGAAGUUCUGUUCAGAUUGGACCUCCACAAAUCGGGCUCAGACCUACAAGUCGUUUGGGAAGAAACUGUGGUCAUCGGGUGACGUGGAAAAGUCCAUUACCAUUCUUAUGGGACGAGGCUGGAGAAUCAGCAAGGCCAGGUCCCAAAUGAGCUUCACGGACCCAUGUCAUGUACUCGAACGUUUGAAUCUUUUCCACCAGGCUGAAUCAGAUUGCAAGAGUCAAGCGACGGAGGAGAUGAAGGAGACGGGAGACAUCAUUGACACUGCUCGCCGGCAGGACGCCAAUUUAGCUCAAGAAAUAUUCAGCGCAGUCUUCACGGGCAGCUCGGGGUCAGGCAAAUCCACUGUCGCGAGGCUGUAUGCCCAGUUUCUAUCAGUCCUAGGAGUUGUCCCCAAUCUCAGAUUCGAGCAAACGACUGGCGCAAGGCUGGCCGACGGAGGAGUUUCUGAACGUAAAGCAAUCAUCAGAAGACUCAAGAAAAUGAGUACCGGCGACAGCGACACGGAUUCGCGUUGCGAAAAGAUGCUAGGGGUAAUCUUCAUCGACGGGGCGCAUAAAAUGGUGCCUGAUGGGGCGAAUAAACCCUUCAACUAUCUCAUGGACGAGGUCCAGCGGCUCCAGGGGCAGGUGGUCUUUCUCUUCGCGGGAUCACUCCAACAGAUGCAAUCAUUCAUGGGCUUGUCACCGUCACUACGGAGCCACGUUCCGUUCACUUUCAAGUUAGAUGACUUCACCGACGGCGAGCUUCAUCAGAUUCUGGUCCAACAAUUGCAACCCAAGUUUCAGGGCAAGAUGCGCGUAGAAGGAGGUGUCAACGGUAUUUUCAUGCGGAUUCUCACCAGACGGAUUGGCCGCGGCCGCGGCGGGGGCUGCUUCGCCAACGCUCGAGACGUCCAGAACGCGCUUCUCCGCGUGCUUCUUCGCCAGGCCAAUCGUUUGAGCCACAGCAGAAGGCUGCAAGAAGAUGCCGACGAUCUGCUUUUGACGCACAUCGACCUCCUCGGACCUCCGCCAAUAUCCACAUUGGAGAACAAGACUUCGCUCAACAAAGUUUUCCUCGGGAACCCUGGUACUGGCAAGACAACAGUUGCGAAACACUACGCUCGAAUUCUAACGGAGCUCGGUCUACUGAGCAACGGGGAGGUCAUAGUGAAAAGCUUUCACGACUUCAUCGGGAUGUGGCGGGGCCACUCAGAAAAUCUGACCAAGGAAAUCCUCGACUCUGCCCAAGGCAAGGUUCUCAUCAUAGAUGAGGCCUAUGGUCUCGGGCGACCUAACAGACAUAACAACUUCUCGCGUGCCGUGAUCGACACCAUGGUUUCCGAGGUUCAGGCCACCUCCACUGAAGAUCGAGCCGUACUGCUGCUGGGUUACAAGGACGAAAUGGAAGAAUGCUUCGGCGGGUCAAUCCUGGUCUCGGAAGAAGAUUCCCGCUCUCAGUUCAAAGAGAUGGACUUCGAUCCCGAUUAUGAUCGACAAGACCGGGCUCAGUCCAAUAUCCAAGAAGACUUUACGGACUUUGUUGGUGCUGACGCACUGGUCGCCAAGUUCCAAGCAUACCAGCGCAUCGCACAAAAAUCAAAGGAUAUUGGACUCGAUCCUAGAGAUCAGAUACCCUUCAACUUCGUCUUCCGUGGCCCUCCAGGGAAAACAACAACUGCCCGGAAGCUGGGCCAGAUAUUCUUCGACAUGGGCUUUCUAGCCACAAGAGAGGUCGAACUCAUCGCCGAGUAUGUCGGCCAAACAGAUCCCAAGACGCAGGAAAUGUUCCAGAAGGCUCUGGGCAGGGUUCUCUUCAUCGACGAGGCAUACCGGCUUGCAGAGAAGCGGUUCGGAAAGGAGGCCGUGGAUGAGAUUAUCAACCUUGUCACUUUGCCCAAGUACAAGAAUAGAAUGGUUGUUGUCCUGGCCGGAUAUGACCAGGAUAUCAACCAUCUACUGGCCACUAAUCCCGGCUUCGGAAGCCGUUUCUCAGAAGUCGUCGAGUUCUCGAAUCUUUCUCCCAGCCGUUGUCAAGAGUUGCUUGUGCGACUCUUGGAAGACAGAAAGUUAGGUGUGAGCAGUUUGCGUUUUCCAUCGGUUGCGGCAAGGACUAAGGCCUCCUUUCAAACACUGUCACAUGUGCCGGGCUGGGGCAAUGCCAGAGACGUAGAAAACCUUGCCACGUCUCUAUUUGGCAAAGUCGUCUCGGUUCCCGUGUCUCCUCCCUGCUUACACGUGGCCAGUGAAUGGGUCUACGAGAAAAUGAAGGAGAUGAUCGCGGAGAGAAGGAAGCGCGCAGAAGAUGCCUCUGGCUUCAACAGAGCAACAAACCGGCAUCGCCAUCGUGACUCCCCAAACAGCGAGUCCUGA